UUGCCUUCCCUCUGCAUUAAUAUUCUUCACAUUUGCACCUUCUACCACUCACACUUUCACAUAUUCUCAUGGGAGAGCCUUCUCAUUCUUCUGCAUCUUACAUUCACAUGGUGCAGCACCUCAUUGAGAAGUGUUUGAUCUUUCACAUGUCAAAGGAAGAAUGCAUGGAGGCUCUCUCCAAGCAUGCAAAUAUCAAGCCUGUCAUAACAUCCACUGUGUGGAAUGAGCUAGAGAAAGAAAACAAAGAUUUUUUUGAGGAGUAUGCCAAAGCUAAGAGCAAAGAGGACCGAAUGUCGGAAGAAGAGACAAGCCAAAUGAUACAGAAGAUGAUCUCAGAUUCCACUAAAGGUGCUGCCAAUGACUAAGCAGCAGCCAUUGAAAAUGAUCUCACCUUUCUCUCUGUUCUCCUUAGCUUCACCACCAUGCAUGCAUAAGUGGUCCCUUCAACUUUCCAAUGCACUUACUAAAUAAACAUAUGCUGUAUGUAAUCAAAAAUGGGGUUCUCACAUACGGAAUGAGCACGGAUCUAUAGUGUAUGUGGUCCUCCUCUCCCUACUAUCUUUUCUGGACAACGAUAGUUUCAUAUUCACUUGCUUUUGACCAUCAUUUUAAUAAUAUAUUUCUACU